AUGGACAAGAAGAUCGUCCUCAUCACCGGCGCCAACACCGGGCUGGGCUACCAGAUGGUCCGCGCUCUCUGCGACUCUGCUCAAGCCUAUGAAAUCCUCGUGGGCGGGCGCUCGAUUGAAAAGGCCAAACAGGCAGCCAAGGAUGUCCUCGUUGAGUUCCCCUCGACAAAGAGCACUCCUGUCGCCAUCCAGGUAGAUGUGGAGAGCGACGACUCCAUCCAGGCUGCCUUUGAGACCGUACAGUCCAAGUAUGGUCGCCUUGAUGCUCUGGUGAACAACGCAGGCGCCAUGUUUGACACAGAAGGCGGCCUGUCUCUCCGCCAGGCCUGGGCCAAGAGCUGGGACGUCAACACCGCUGGCACCCAUAUAAUGACACUGACAUUCGUCCCCCUUCUGCUCAAGUCCUCGGACCCCAGGCUGCUGUUCUUGGCUAGCGGGACAUCAUCUCUCGAGAACGCCGAGAAGCAGAUUCUGCCUAUCGACCAAUUCCCGCCCAAGGGCUGGCCUAAGAAUGCUCCCAACAUGGCCGCCUACCGAUCAUCCAAGGCUGGCAUGAACAUGAUGAUGAGGGAUUGGGCGAGGUUGCUGCACAAUGAUGGCGUCAAAGUCUGGGCGCUGUCACCCGGUUAUCUGGCGUCUGGGCUGGGCAAAGGCAGCGAACAUAACAAGAGCCAAGGCGCUCAAGAUCCAGUUGUUGCUGGGCCGUUUGUGCGGGAGGUGCUGGAGGGCAAACGAGAUGGCCAUGUAGGAAAGGUCAUUCUGAGGGACGGCAAGAUCCAGCCGUGGUAA